AAUUCAGUACUAGAUGCCUUCAUCUUCUGCGACUCAGACAAAACCCUAGCACUCGCUCUCGAGCCCCUCAUGGCACCGAAGAAGGAUAAGGCUCCUCCAUCAGCUUCGAAGCCCGCCAAAUCUGGCGGAGGGAAGCAGAAGAAGAAGAAAUGGAGCAAAGGAAAACAAAAGGAGAAGGUGAACAACAUGGUAUUGUUUGAUCAGGCUACUUAUGACAAAUUGCUUAGUGAAGUUCCCAAGUACAAGCUCAUCACUCCUUCUGUUCUGUCUGACAGAUUGAGGAUCAAUGGCUCCCUUGCACGGAAAGCAAUCAAGGAUCUGAUGGCAAGAGGUUCCAUUAGGAUGAUAUCUGCCCAUGCUAGUCAGCAGAUUUAUACUAGGGCCACCAAUGCAUAGGGAAGAUGCACUACUGUCCCUGCAUUUUUAUGGAGAACUACUUCUUUCAUGUUGUCUUUUUUCCCUUUUAAAAACUCAUGUGGAAAUGCCUUUUCGUUGUGUUUUGGAUCUUGAUCUCUUUAGUUUAUUGCUAAAUUAUAGUUUUUUUUAACAU